AUGGCGGCAACGGGAAUUGCAUCACCACACUACACUCACAUACAUGUAAUACAAGUUUCCGCUUCGAAAUCCAUGGAAUUGAAAUGGCUCCGUAUUGCUCUUUCUCACAGUUCUGUUCUUGUCUCUGUCUUUUGUAAACCACACCACCGUGACGGUUUAAAACCUAAAUCUUCGUCUUCUGUGGUGGAUUUCUUCACGCCGGUUUCUCCUUACAGCGAUUUAUUGGUGGGGUUUGGCCGUGCCGUUUCUGAUUGUGGUCUCACUGCUUCUAUUUACGAUGUCAUGGUUAUUCCAUCCCUGCGGAGAAUGGGAAUUGGAAAAAUGAUUGUUAAAAAAAUCCUGAGAAUGCUUACAAAUAGAGACAUCUAUGACAUAGCAGCCCUUUGCUCAGAGGAUGAGAGGUUGUUUUUUAAGGCUUGUGGAUUUGGUGGUGACAUUUUGAGCUCUACUACCAUGAUGUACACAAGAACUGCUUCAUCGACAACCCAGGAAGGCGAGAGCAAACCGAUAAACUCAACAGGGAAAGAAAAGAUUGACAACUUGACAGAAAGGUGUCCCCUGAAUGGAGCUUAA